AUGGCUCCCUCUGUAACGUCCGACCAAGUGGUUAUUCCCCAAGCGGGAGAUUCCCCUCAGACUCAGGUUACUCUCGGUGGAAAGGUCAUUGCUAUCACCGGUGCCAACCGCGGUAUUGGUCUUGGUAUCGCCGAGUGCUGUCUUUCCAAUGGCGCAGCUAAGGUCUAUUCCAUUGACAUUGGAGAGACUGGAGAAGAGUUCAAUGCUGUCUCCAAGCGCUAUCCUGGCCAGCUGUUUGCUGUCACUGCUAAUGUGACCGACGAAUCAACCAUUACCGCCGCGAUCGAUAAAAUUAUCGAGGAAGCUGGUGCUCUCCACGGAAUGGUGGUCAACGCUGGUCGUACACAUCACAAGGCUGCUCUAGACUUCACCAAGGAGGAUAUUGAGACUCUGUUCAAUGUGAACCUCUUCGGGGCUUUCUACACCGCCCGCGCUGCGGCGCGUGCAUUUAUCAAGCUCGGAAUAAAGGGAUCUAUUGUCUUCACAGCAUCAAUGGCCUCCUAUCGCCCUAAUAAGCGCGUUCCUUCCACUCCCUAUGGUGCCUCCAAAGCAGGUGUACGAAACAUGACUCAUACUUUGGCAAUGGAGUGGGCACAAUACGGUAUUCGUGUUAACAGUGUAUCUCCUGGUCUAGUUAAGACCGCUAUGACAUACUGGGUGCCUCAGCAGCCGGACUGGGAACAGCAGCUCAAGUAUUAUGGUGGAUUCCCUAGGUUGGCUGAGGUACAGGAGCUCGGCGGUGCCUACGUGUAUCUUCUAAGCGAGGCCGCGAGCUACACUACCUCCAUUGAUAUUCCGGUGAAUGGUGUGAUUGGAAUUUGUUAA